AUGUCCAUGUUCACCUCCAGCAGCUCCGGCGUGCUGUCCCCGUCCCCGUCCCCGGAGGCGGCGGGCAGCAGCAUGAUCAGAGCGGCGCGGCAGCCCCAGCCGCAGGCGUUUGACUACUUCGUGGUCCUAGACUUCGAGGCGACGUGCGAGAAAGGCGCGCAGAUCUACCCGCAGGAGAUCAUCGAGUUCCCCUCCGUGCUCGUCGACGGCGCCACCGGCGACCUCGACCCCGCCGAGUUCCGCACCUACGUGCGCCCGCAGUACCACCCCGCGCUGACCGACUUCUGCAGGGACCUCACCGGCAUCCGGCAGGCGGACGUCGACGGCGGCGUGCCGCUGGCCGAGGCGCUCCGCCUGCACGCCGCGUGGCUGCGGGCCUCGGCGUGGGCCAGGAGCGGCGGCUGCUUCGCCGUCGUCACGUGGGGGGACUGGGAUCUCCGCACCAUGCUGGAGUCCGAGUGCCGCUUCAAAGACCUCGCCAAGCCUCCCUGCUUCAACCACUGGAUCAACCUCAAGAUCCCCUUCGCCGCGGCGAUGGGCGGCGGCCGGUGGGCUGCUCUGCGGUCGGCCGUCGAGGCGGCGGGGCUAGAGUGGGAGGGCCGCGCGCACUGCGGCCUCGACGACGCUCGUAACACGGCGCGGCUUCUCGUGGAGCUGAUGCGGCGCGGGGUGCAGCUCAGCAUCACGACCUCGCUGCGGGCCCCGUCGCCUCAGGUAACUGUAACUCCAUACGGUGGCGCCGCCGCGGCGUGCUACUGCUACUGCGGGGUGGCGGGCAGAGGUGGCGUGGUGGCGGUGCCGGGGCCGAUGCAGGGGAGAGGUUUCUACGGUUGCGGUAACUGGACGCCGUCCAUGGGAGCACACUGCUCCUACUUCACGUGGGCAGAUUAA